AUGGUCCCCUGUUACAAGUUAUCCAAAUAUGUCGGAGAAAUACUCAAGCCAUUGAUUUCAGAGAGAUACAAUGUGAAGAAUGCGUUUAAUGUGAAAGAGAGAUUAACGAAUAUAAGUGUAUGUGAUGAAGAUGUUUUAGUGUCGUUCGAUGUCAUCUCCUUGUUUACGAAUAUACCGACAAUGUUAGCCACAAAAAUUAUUAUGAAAAAGUGGGACCAGAUACACCGGACAACCAGCAUUCCAAAACACAAAUUCCAACAAAUUCUUGACUUCUGCCUUAAAGAUAAUAACUACUUCAUGUGCAAUAACAAACUAUACACCCAAACAAUUGCCGACAUCAUUAUGGACGACCUUCUAGACAACACCAUCUCGGAGCUGAAACAACACUUCAACAUUGACAUCAAGUUCAUCAACAAAUAUGUAGACGAUAUUUUUGCAAUAACAAACCGCAACGACGUGAAUACAAUUCUAGAGACGCUAAACAAAUACCACCCAAAACUUCAGUUUACCAUGGAAAUGGAAGAAAACGCGAGCAUACCUUUCCCUGAUGUCCGUAUACACAAAAACAACAACAAUAUUGUUCUAAACUGGUACUCGAAACCAACGUCGUCUGGACGCCUGAUCAAUUAUCUCUCCUCCCAACCAAGAAAAUAUAAAAUCAACACCGCGAAAAAUCUUAUACACAAAAUACUGACGAUAAGCGACCAAAAAUUUCACGAAGCCAACAUAGAGAAAAUACACAGCAUUUUGAAAAGCAACAAUUAUCCCAAUCACCUGAUACGCGAACUAAUAAAACAAGAAACAAUGCGAAUAGGAAAUCAGCAAAAUAAAACGCCGACCACAGCAACAGCAAAUACACCAAAGAAGUACUACAGCGUCACUUACAUCCCCAAGCUAAGCGAAAACUUUGAUCACAGCACAUUAAAGGAACAAAUCAUAACUCUCGCCUACAAAACAAAUAACACGUUAGCUAGAAUCUACACAAGAACAAAAAGCCCACUAGACAUACAGCAACAAAACAACGUUGUUUAUGAAAUAAAAUGUAAGGGCAAAGAGAACGAAAACUGUGGUAAAGUGUACAUAGGGACAACAAAACGCGCAUUAGGUGUUCGCAUAGCCGAACAUCAAACAGAUAUAAGGAAACAAAAACACAGCACAGCCCUAUCACAGCACAUAUUAAACAGCGGCCACACAGCUGAUUUCACUAACACUAGGAUUAUUGACAAGGAAAAGAGGGAAAUGACGAGAUACACUUUGGAAAGCUUAAGAAUAUUGGAAAAAAGGGAGAAGACGAUCAACAAAAAAGAAGAUACGGACAACAUCGCGGCCGCCUACAUGUUAUGCAUAUCAAAAUAA